UGGUUUUACUUUAUGUGUCCAUUCAAGAUUUUCUUUAUUUGUUUCUUUUCGGUUCUGUAGAGAGAGAGAGAGAGAGUCAGAGAGUUGGAGUUUGUGAGAUCUGAUAGAUUAAAGAAACCAACAAAAGGGCAAAAAGAAAAAAAGAGAAAUAAUUUUGAGAGUGAAUCUUUAACGAGGGAGAAGAAAAGAGAAAAAGAGUAGCUUUGUGUUUUGGAGUUUAGUGAAAAUGGGUAGUAAUAUGGGAAAAAUUGUUGGGUUUUUUAUUUCUUGGGUUUAAAUGGGUGGUGAGAUUGAUUAAAGAAGCUGAUGAUGAUAGUAUAUGAUACCCUUCUCUGCUUCCUGCUUUCUGCUGCUUAAGUUAAAAUCUGAUCAGUGGUGAUUAAAUGUCUCUGUGUCUGUCUCUGCAUGGAAAUAUAUAUACUUACUGUGUCUGUCUCACGUUCUUCAAAAAUUCUGCUUUCUUUAAAGUGAAGGUAGAGAUUAUAGCUUAAAAGCUUUUUCCAAGCCUAGAGGAGAAAUUGGGUAUUCUUUUUCAUUAUCACUAUAUAACUGGAGAUGAAUUUGAAUGUUUAUUUUUGUUGGGAGUAAAUGUUCAAUCUUUGAUACAUAAAGAGACUGUUAAAGUCUGAUUCUUGGUUAGAAGUAGCAGACAGAGAGGGGCUGUUAAAGUUUGAUUCUUGGUUAGAAGUAGCACAGAGAGAUAGAGAGAGAGAGAGAGAGAGAGAAGCAGAAGUGUUCUCUGUUUGCUCAGUUUCUGUGGUUCACCGCACAGUGUUUGUUUCUCUUGCACUUAACAGCAACAACAGUUACAUAUCUAAGAAAACCCUUUUCACCACCGCCACAAAAAAGCAAUGAAAGAAGUGGAAAAGAGGUUGGAUCCACAGCUAUGGCAUGCCUGUGCAGGAAGCAUGGUUCAGAUCCCUCCAAUUAAUUCGAAAGUCUUUUACUUCCCUCAAGGCCAUGCCGAGCAUUCUCAAUCGCCGGUUGAUUUCUCUUCAAGAAUCCCUUCUCUUGUCCUUUGCAGAGUCGCCGGAGUUAAGUACCUUGCUGAUUCAGAAACUGAUGAAGUAUAUGCAAAGAUUAGUCUUUUUCCAUUGCCAAGUAAUGAGCUUGAUUUUGGUGAUGAAAUUGGUUUAUGUGAUACUAGUACUAAUGGUACUAAUAGCACAGAAAAGCCUACUUCUUUUGCUAAGACAUUAACCCAAUCUGAUGCUAAUAAUGGUGGCGGAUUUUCUGUGCCAAGAUAUUGUGCUGAGACUAUUUUUCCCCGUUUGGAUUACUCUGCUGAUCCACCGGUUCAGACGGUUGUUGCUAAGGAUGUUCAUGGUGAGAUAUGGAAGUUCAGGCAUAUUUAUAGGGGGACACCAAGAAGGCAUCUGUUAACUACUGGUUGGAGUACUUUCGUAAACCAGAAAAAGUUAGUAGCUGGUGAUUCAAUUGUGUUUUUAAGAGCUGAAAGUGGUGAUCUCUGUGUUGGUAUCCGCCGUGCUAAGAGGGGUAUCGGUGGUGGAAAUGGGCCUGAAUCAUCCCCGCCUUCUGGCUGGACAACAAAUGCUUCUUGUGUUAACCCAUAUACUGGUGGAUUUUCACUUUUUCUGAAAGAAGACGAGAGUAAAGGAUUGAGAAAUGGAGGUGGCAUAAGAGGGAAAGUAAGAGUAAAGGCUGAAGAGGUUUUGGAGUCAGCAGCUCUUGCUGCCAAUGGACAACCGUUUGAGGUUGUUUACUAUCCACGGGCAAGCACACCAGAGUUUUGUGUUAAGGCCUCUUCGGUUAGAGCUUCGACCAGGAUCCAGUGGUGCUCUGGAAUGAGGUUUAAGAUGGCCUUUGAGACAGAGGAUUCUUCAAGGAUUAGCUGGUUCAUGGGUACUAUUGCUUCUGUUCAGGUGGCUGAUCCGAUUCGGUGGCCUAAUUCACCUUGGCGACUUCUCCAGGUAACAUGGGAUGAGCCAGAUUUGCUGCAAAAUGUAAAACGUGUCAGCCCAUGGUUGGUUGAAUUGGUAUCAAAUAUGCCAGUCAUCCACCUGUCACCCUUCUCACCUCCAAGAAAGAAGUUGCGGCUCCCGCAACACUUAGACUUCCCCCUUGACGGCCAAUUUCAAUUGCCGUCUUUUUCAGGCAACCCCCUUGGCCCUAGCAGCCCUUUGUGUUGUCUAUCUGAUAACACUCCUGCAGGCAUACAGGGAGCCAGGCAUGCGCAAUUUGGGAUAUCUUUAUCAGAUCUCCAGCUUAACAAACUGCAGUCAGGGCUGUUUUUGUCCAGUCUCCAGCGGUUCAACUCACAUUCUAGAGUUUCUGAAAGUUUCAUGAAAAGCAACACAAACAGCAAUGAGAAUUUAUCUUGCUUAUUGACAAUGGGGAACUCCAAUACAAAUUCAGAGAAAUCUGAUAAUGUAAAAAGGCAUCAAUUUGUACUCUUUGGUCAACCAAUACUAACUGAGCAGCAGAUUUCUCGUAGCUGUUCUACUGAUGCAGUCUCGCAAGUUCUUAGUAAGAAACUUUCAUCUGAUGAGAGUCCAGAAAAAGCAAAAAUUCAUGAUGUUUUAGGAUCUACACCUGAGAAACAAACUUCACCAGAAAAGUCAGCCAGUACUGGCUUAUCAUGGCAGAGUCUUCAUACCACUGAAACUGGCUUGGAUGCUGGUCAUUGCAAGGUUUUCUUGGAAUCAGAAGACGUGGGUCGGACGCUUGACCUAUCUGUUCUUGGUUCUUAUGAAGAGCUGUAUAGUAGGCUAGCCAACAUGUUUGGAAUAGAAAGAUCAGAGAUGUUGCACCAUGUGCUAUAUCGGGAUGCAGCAGGUGCUAUUAGACAGACUGGAGAUGAACCAUUCAGUGUCUUCGCAAAAACUGCAAAAAGGUUGACAAUUCUGAUGAAUCCAGCUAGCAGUGAUAAUAUUGGAAGGCCAUGGAUCAGAGGGAUGCGGAGUACUGAAAAUGGUCUAGAGGCAUCAAAUAAGGCUGACCCCUUGAGCAUAUUCGCAUAAACGUAGUGCGGAAUAUGAGAGUAGAUGCUAAAACUAGCAUAACUAGAUGUUGAAAAGAGUUUGCAGUUGUUGAUGUUAUAUAGGAGAAACUGGCUAUGAUAGAACUCCGAACACGCUUGUUAAAGCUAAUCUCUGAAUGUGUUUAUUAUUAGCAUUGGUGUUUCUUGUACUGAAUAUUUCUGGUUAAUAUUACAUUCACCUGUGUUUUGCUCUAAA